AUGGACCAACAGAAGAUUCAGGCUAUCAUAGAUUGGACGAUGCCUAAGGAUAUCCACACCUUGAGGGCGUUCCUUGGCCUGUGCAACUUCUAUCGGCGGUUUGUAAAAAAUUACUCUCUCAUCGCAGUACCGUUCACAAAACUCCUAAAGAAAGUCAUGCCUUGGGAUUGGGGUCCCAAGCGAGCGGGGGCCUUUAAUGCAUUGAAAGUGGCUAUGUCUAGCAGCCUCGUCUUAGCCCUUCCUGAUUUGGCCAAGCCAUUCAAAGUAUUAAUGGAUGCUUCUGGCUAUGCUCUGGGCGGAGCCUUGCUACAAGAGGGGCAUCUAGUUGCGUAUGAGAGCCGAAAGUUGAAGGAUGCAGAACGGGCGUUACGCCGCCCAUGGAAAAAGAAUUAUUGGUUGUCGUCCACUACUUACGCCUUUGGAGGCACUAUCUGCUGGGAACCCCGUUCGUGGUCAAGACGGACAACACGGCUGUUAGUCAUUUCAUGA